AACCGUGCAAGUACAGCAUCACAGCGCCAAGUUUUGCGUGGGUAUAAUUCACUCAUACAAUCAAUACACGACCAGUAUUGUGCAGACGCCUGCUAUACGCUACGUGUCAUCUCAUCUAGGCUGCGCUGGCAUAGAGCCUCGGCUGGGACACAGGUGUCUCAAAAACUUGUCUUCUGAUCGUGUUUCUGCCUUAUUUCCACCACAUCCAGCUCAGUUAAUAUCGUAUAGAUCUUGUUGACUACUCCAUGUGGCAUUACCCACCAAGCCAUCAUUUAUCUGGGGAAAGGUGACCCAUCUAGGGGUCGUGACCUGUGACCCUAUCCCAUGGAUCGUGAAGCAGAGUCCGUUGCCUUGGAGAAGAAACAUGUCCAUGAUGUCUAUGAACGUAUCGCGCCCCACUUCAGUGAUACGCGGUACAAGGCAUGGCCCAGGGUUAAGGAGUUCCUGUUGGAGCUGGAACCUGGCAGUAUCGUAGCUGAUGUCGGAUGCGGGAAUGGCAAAUACCUUGGAAUCAACGACCAGACCUUCAAGAUUGGCUCUGAUUGCUGCGUAAAUCUUGUGGACAUAUCCGCCAAGAGGGGCCACGAGGCCAUGGUGUGUGAUAAUCUGCGCCUCCCGUAUCGUAGCAACUGCUUCGAUGCCGUCAUCUCCAUCGCGGUUGUCCACCACUUUGCCACGGUUGAGCGGCGCGUCCAGGCCAUUCAGGAGCUGGCGAGGAUAUGCCGACCUGGAGGACUGGUCAUGAUAUACGUUUGGGCUUUGGAGCAAAAACAAAGACAGUUUGAUGCUCAAGAUGUGUUGGUGCCGUGGCAUCUCCAGCCCAAGAACAUGCGAACCAGGAGAAGCAAAGGAAAACCGAACAGCAAGAACCAGAAUCACAACAGCAGCAGUUCAGCCAGUGAUGAUGACGACGUGAAGACAAACAAAAAACCAGACAAGGCGCUUAACGGGAAGACAGACGGCAAGCUAUCAAAAAUGAAAGUCCAUCCAGCCAUUGUGUCAGCCCAGAAUGGAGGUAUGCGAUCCAGGAAGACCAAGACACUCCAGAGGCAUACAACAGAGAGGGACUGGCUCCGGGAGAAGUUUCCUAACCGUAGGGACCAGCCAAGAUCAGAGGAAGCCCGGGUAUUGAGGAAGUGUUAUAGCUGUGAGGAGAGUGUUGUUCUGAGUGCUAAACCAAGAGUCGCCAAGACCAGGUGCCAGUCAGACAGCGGGAUGAGUAGACGAAUGAUGAGCAGGAGUAGUAGUGUAGAAGAAGGAGAGAGGGGAGGGACUAUGUGGGAUGGUUUCCUCCAGGUAUUUCCUGCAUCCUACUCACCUACGUCCCCAUUCAGGAGUGAGGAUGACAUGACCCAAGGUGAUGUCAAUAGUGUCUUUGGGGAUGACGAUGAUGAUGACAUUGAUGAGAACACCAAGAACCAGUGGUGUAUCAUAAAUAAAGACGGUUCUAUGGGCUUCUAUGAAAAUGGACACAAGAGUGGUCAGUCCCUUAAGAACAGGCACCCCCGUUCCCACCUUCUGCUAAAUGGCUCAGGCAGUUGUGACAGUAUUCUACCAAAGCAUUCAAAACCUCUCAGAAAUAUAAAAAAGCGAACUUCACCACUGUUAAGCUCUCAGUCACUGGAUGAAAGAGAUUUUGAAAGAACCAGCUCACCCCGAACUUCCUUAGAAAAAUUUGGUGCUAAUAGGAGAAAUCUGUCUUCUUUCUCACAUAACUCCGAAGGUGCAAUAGAUGUCAAGAACCUUAAUAAGGGAAGUGACUUGAAGGCAUCAACAUGGAGUAGCGACACAUCAGGGUUUGUUAGUAAUGGUAGCGUCAAUGGAGAAUGCUCAGAGGCCACUAAGAAGUUGCUGAAUUGGCGAAAGCUACAACUCAAACUUAAUCUUCGGUCUGAUGAGACCAAAGAAAAGGGCUCCAGUCCAUGGAAUGGGGUUAUCACCAAGUCUUUAGAACUCUUGUAUAAAUCUGAAGGAAAGACAGGCAAGAAGCCAGUAGUUGGGUUGAACUUUACAUCUGCAAGGGGAGAGGUCUUCAAGCCCCUCAAAAGAAGGAAUCGUUUGUCCCAGUCAGGAUCAGAAAAGGACCUUGAGUCCUCUUUUGAUUCUGUGUCCUCCUCAGAUGAAAGUUUGACAGCAUACCCUAUCAAUCCAACCAAACAAUCCCAACUGAACAAAGAGCAGACUCCCGCAUCUGACUUGCGAACUCGCUCCAUCUCCCUUACUAUGCUUGAGAAGCUCAUGCCCAAAGAUUUCAAAUUCCCUGAGAGCCCGCUGGCUUUAUCAAGGAAACCGUCCUCUGAAAGUCUUUCCCUCAACCAGGACGACCCAUUAGAGCCCCAUGACCCUGGACGGCAUUCAAAGAAUGUUGUCAACUCCAGGAGUGAGUUUGGUAAGAGGCGGCCAGCCAGUAACCCCAACCUGAGGUGCAACCAUCAAGAUGAGAGAAGCAAAACUCCAGAAGGUCAGGUCCAGAAGGAAGAAGACAAGACCAAUCCCAAGAACCCCGCAGAUGCUUCCCUUUAUCUACGUUACUACCAUGUAUUCAAGGAGGGUGAACUAACAGACUUGAUUGAAAGAAACAUUGAGAAUCUUCACAUAGUUAAAAGCUACUAUGACCAUGCUAAUUGGUGUGUGGUUGCAGAGAAAGUUGAAGUGUGGAGGAUAUGAUGGGACAAUCGUGCAACAGAUUUUAUAGUAUUUUAUACAGAGAUCUAAUAUAGCCUGAUAAAUGGUAUUUUUAAUCAAAAGAGGAAUAUUAAAUUAUUUUUGUGUCAUAGAAUAAGUGCCCUUGUGUAUUCAUGUUGUCCAUUGAAAAUCAUUAUUUUUAUAGAUAUUUACAGUAUCAUUAACAGUAAAAGAUUCCUGUUGCCCUCAAAUGUUAGUCCUUAUCGUGAUGUUAGAAAUGCUCCAUUCAUCUUUUAGGUUCUGAUUUUAGAUUGUUCCCCUAGCUCAAAUGAUAAUUUUCUGAUAAGUAUUUUGUUACAUAUACUUCAUGAUAGACAUUCCAGUUCAAACAUAUUAUAUUCUUGGAUUCCUUGUAUGUGUGUUCUUUAGCUGCAUAAAGUGAUGAAAAGAAGUUAAGAAAAUGAACCCAUGUUUGACAUGGGUCCUUACAUUUUGAUGCAACCCCUGCUUUUUGUACAAUACAUCUAUGCAUGAUUAUUGUAAGGUGUGACUAGUCCUGUUUACAGACCCAUUGUAUAUGCAUCAACAUGAUUUGAAUAUGUAUGUGUCAAAGAUAGAAAAACAUAAUGUACUGUGCUUUCAAUAUAAUGAACAUUCCUCUCUCACUUUAUUUGUUCUUCAGUCAGAAGAGUACUUCUGAGAAAAUGAAGUGUAUCACAUCUAGCAAAAUAUGCAACUGUUGGCCAGUGUCAAAAUAUAAUUUCCUCAAUGUUGUGAUACUGGAUACCUCUAGGCCCUAGAGCUUUGAAUCCCUCAUAAUAAAAUGUACAAGUUUCAAAGCAUACACGGUUCUCAGGUUUAAAUGUGGUCUAUGCAGAAACUUCAUAGUUAUAUUGCAAAGUAAAGUCAGUGAGGUUCUAAAGACUACACCAUACCUGGUUUGGUCGGUAGCAGAAGGCUACUAGAAUGAAACUUUACGAAGGUCUAGAUAUAACGUCUUUACGGUAUAUAUUGAAAAGAUUAUAGAAGAGAUGUAGACACUCUAGCCAAUGUUGGAAGAAAGGACUUUCCCCAAGUAGUUUUAAAUAUGACAAGUACAGUAUAUAUUGGUGAUUGUGAAUAUCACCAUUGCCAGUUUUAAGGCCAAGAUGAGAGGAAGUUCUCUUUUUUUAACUAUUCUGUAAUUUGAUUAUAAUUAAUUGUAUCAAUAAAAAUCUUCCAUAUAAUGAAUGAUAGGGAAAGUAAGAUCUAUGAUUUAUAUUAGUACACCUUAUCUACAGUGCAGGUAACCAAUUUGUAAUCUUGAUUGUCUUGUGUUUAAAUGAUUCAAGACCUCAACAUUACCAAGUCCGCCACCUAAUGCAUUCCCUAAAUGUAGUUUUGUGCAGAUUUCUGCUUUGAUUUCAUGCGAUAUGAUGAAUAGGAAAGAUGUUCAUAUCCCAAUAGGUCAUUUUGUUAGAUCCUGUUAUGUCAAGUAAUGUAAAGUGGACCUCUACAAUUAAAUAAAAUAAAAUAAAA